GUCGUUCUCUUCGUAACUUUCAAACUCAGCGUUGGAACCAUUUCCACUUAGAUCCUAUCGUCAAAACCACUUCAUACUAUCAUUUAAUUCUCUUCUCAUCCUUCUUUACUUUUCUUUUCUUUCUUUUCAAAUGCACUGUUUAAUUGUAGGAAAAAAUAAAAAACUCCUAUUUUAUAUCACUCGUCUUAUAUCAUCACUUUGUGGUUCUGUUUCUUUUGAGGGAUUAGAAUGGGAUUUUUGAGCAGUUUAUUGGGAAUUUUCGGUUUUGCGAUUGGGCUCCCUUUGGGUGUUCUUAUUGGGUUUUACUUGUUCAUUUUUUCUGAAUCCAAAGAUGUUGAGGAUCCAGAGAUAAAACCACUUUGUGAGCUCGACACAGUGGCACUAGACGAUCUUAUGCCUGAAAUUCCCUUAUGGGUCAAAAGUCCUGAUUAUGAUCGAGUAGAUUGGUUAAAUAAGUUUAUUUCGGAGAUGUGGCCUUUUCUAGACACGGCAAUUUGCAGCGUGAUUAGAAGAACGUGUGAGCCGAUUUUCGGAGAGUACAUUGGGAAAUUCAAGAUAGAAUCUAUUGGGUUCAUGAAAUUAAGCCUUGGGGAUAUUCCUCCAACAAUUAGUGGUCUUAAAGUCUGUGAGACAAAUGAGAAGGAACUUGUGAUGGAACCCUCAAUACGAUGGGCUGGCAAUCCAAAUAUUGUUGUUGCAGUGACUUUUUUGUCUGUACAAGUCACUGUCCAGUUAGUUGAUGUUCAAGUAUUUGCUGCACCUCGGAUAACUUUUAAACCACUUGUCCCUACCAUUCCGUGUUUUGCGAAUAUAAUUGUAUCAUUGAUGGAGAAGCCAUUUAUAGACUUUGGGGUAAAUGUGUUGGGUGGGGACAUCAUGUCCAUUCCUGGCCUUUAUCGAUAUGUUCAGGAGAGAAUUAAAAGAGAAGUUGCAAGUCUUUACCUUUGGCCAAAGCGUCUCGACAUACCGGUGCUUGAUGCAUCAACGGUGGCCAUAAAGAAGCCUGUUGGUAUUCUCCACGUGAAAGUCGUGCGUGCAGUGAAGCUUCUGAAGAUGGAUUUGCUCGGCUUAUCCGAUCCUUACGUCAAGCUGAGCCUCAGUGGAGAAAAACUCUCGACUAAGAAAACUACCAUCAAGAAAAAGACUCUGAAUCCCGAAUGGAAUGAGGACUUCAAGAUUUCUGUAAAAGAACCACAAACUCAAAUGCUUCUUAUCAACAUUUACGAUUGGGACAAGGUAGGCUCACACGACCGUUUGGGUACUCAAAAUUUUCCUUUGAAAAUGCUGGCUCCCAACGAGCCAAAACAAGUGACGCUCGACUUGUUGAAAGACACAAACAUCACUGAAACUCAUAACAAGAAGCAACGAGGGAAAAUCCUGCUCGAGCUUGUUUAUGCCCCUUUCAGAGAGGACAGUGCCAAUUUUAGUGGGCUUUUGGAGGGGUUUAAUAGGGAAGAUAGCUUGUUUAACAGGGCACCUAGCAACAUAAGCCAAACGGGAGCCGGUUUGCUUCUGGUCAAUGUUCAAGGGGCGCAUGACGUGGAGGGGUCCCGCCAUAAUAAUCCAUAUGUUGUCAUAAUCUUCAGAGGCGAAACGAAAAAAUCAAAGGUGAUGAUGAAGAAAACGCGUAACCCUCUAUGGAAUGAAGAGUUCCAAUUCUUGCUUGAAGAACCUCCAUUACAAGAGAAGAUUCAUAUAAAGGUUAUGAGCAAAAGAACAAGCUUUAGCUUAUAUUCAAAGGAAUCCUUGGGAUAUGUUGAUAUCAAUCUUGCUGAUGUCGUCAACAACGGGCGUUUAAACCAGAAAUACCAUUUGAUAGAAUCUAAGAAUGGAGUUAUACAUGUCGAAUUACGUUGGAAAACCAUAUGAAUUGAGUUCGUCAUAGGCAUUGAUACUUUUGUUAUUAGAGUCAGGGGAGCUUGUGCAUAAUGGCAUGUGAAACUAAGGGUAUGACUACAUAUAGUUUAGUGAUGUGAUGUAUUUCCCAGAGGGUAGAAUAGUCACCGUAAUGUAAUUUUUGCUUGUUCAACUGUAAUCUUGAAAUUGAACUAAAAUAGCUUAUUUUUUGAAGUCUUUAGUUUUGUGUAGAGCAACUCCAACUGAGCUGUUUAUUUAAAAACUAAUAUUAAAACGUUU